AUGCGAGGAAGCAGCUUCGACCGGGUGAUUGGUGUCUUUGUGGUUGACGGUCAAAAGCCACUUAUCGAUCACUACGUUCUUCGCAUUCCGUAUUUUGACGACGCAAACCUAGCUAAUAAUCUUGCGCCCCUAAAGUUUCUUCUCGAAAGGACAACAAUACCGAUUCCCGAGGUUAUUCAAUUCGAUACAACAACUUCCAAUCCCUUGGGUGGGCCAUAUGCGAUAAUGACGCGUCUUUCUGGCUCGUCGCUUCGGCCAUCAUACCCAAAACUGCGCUAUGAAAUAAAAGUUGCGAUUUCUAAAGACCUUGGUAAGGUCUACGCUGAGCUACAUUCGAUCAGAAGUGUUACUAGUGGUAAACUUAUCUUAUCAGCUUCAAAUUCUCGGGGAACCUUAGCUCCCGGGGCUGUGGUGAUUCAGCCUCUAGAUAAACUGGACACCGAUAUGGUGGUACCGUAUCAAAGUUGA